AUCGACGCCCGUCGCCCGGUCAAGAAAGGUUGCAGUGGGCCAGCGAAUACAAUCCUCCGUGUUUCUGCGUCCUCCCGCCGAAGACCGCCGUUUCCCGUUCUCGAACUAUUGUUUCCCACACAAACACAGACACAAACACCACACGCAACGUAUUUUUCGAGUUGGCUAUUCCCGAGUAAACAUUCGACACCGUGAUUCAACCCCCUUGACCGCAUCGCGCGGUUUUUGCGAGCCCAAGCGUCCCGAUCGUCGCCCAGCCGAAUAAGCACUAUGGCGAGCGCUGUCAAGAAGCCCCCGGCGACAGGCCGCGAGACUCCCACAGGAACCCCCCAGCGCCCCGGCCAAAGGGCAUCGACACCGACGUCGGCCGGCAGCCCAGGCGGCGCUGGCGUCGCCCGAACUCGCUCGACCCGCACCGGAACCCCCGUCUCCGCACGUGCCGCUGCCCACCAGCGACGCGAGUCCAUGCUCAGCAACGGCCCCAUGAUCAACGGCAGGGGCACCAACUCGCCGGAUAUCGAACGUGAAGAGGCCAUUCGCGCCGAAACGGUAGCCGUAAUAGACGACCUCAAGGAGCGGCUAGCCAAGGCCGAGUCCGGGUUCGAGUCCUACAAGCGACAGACCGAGGUGAUACAGAGCAAGUUGGACGAUGCGUUGAAGGAGCAGGCCAAGCUGGAGGAGAAGGUGCACGAGAGCGAUGAGCAGAUUGAGUCGCUCAGGAAUGAGAAGCGCGAGGCCGCCCGGCAGAUGCGCGAGAUGGAGACCAUCUACGAGGGCGAGCGGAGUGCCAUGAUGAAGGAGAAGGAUGAUAUGGCCAACCGCGAGGAGGAAAUGCAAACCGUCAUCCAGAGGCUCAAGGACAGUCUGGCACAGAGGAAUCUCGACGAAGACCGGCCAACAAGGCAAUCGGUGAACAGCUCGCCAAGCAUCGACAACGGCAGUUUUGCUCCCCCGAGUUCGAUCCAACGUAGUGACUCGCGCAACAACUCCAAGCUCUUGUUGCAAAAGGACAAGGUGAUUGAAUCGCUGAGGCUCGAACUCGCCGAGGCGCAACUCAAAUUGGUCGAGUCCCAAAACAAGGACGGCGGCCGCCUGCAGGAUGUUGAGCGCCAGCUUAUGGAGGCGCGUGUUGCCAACGCGAGGUUGAUGGAAGACAAUGAGAGCUAUCAACUUCUGCUCCAGGACAGGACCCUCAAGGGGGAUUUCGCCACCAACGACUUUAGCUACUCCGCCGCGUCCGCGAACCAAGAUGCACUCGCCGCACUCGAGGGCCGGGCCAACGGCACCAGUCUUGCCGACGAACUUUCCGGCGCCAACGACGACCAUGCCCCGGAGCACGACCCCGAGCACCGGCUCCUAGAGUCGGAGCUGAACAAGGUCAAGGAUCAGAACAAGGCCCUGACUCUCUACAUCAACAAGAUCAUCGAGCGGUUGUUGCAGCACCAGGGCUUCGAGCACAUCCUCGACCAGUCCAGCGACUUCAAGGGCACACCAGACACCAACAAGGACCUCCCGCCGCCGCCUCCCCCCAAGCCCGCCUCGGGCGCCUCCCUCCUCCAGCGCGCCAAGUCCAUGGCCAUCGGCAACACCACCACCACCACCGCACCCAGGCCCAAGCCCCGCCCCAUGACCUUCAUGCCGUCCGCCAACCACUCGUCCGCCAUCAGCAACCCGGACACCGCGCCCAGCAUCCCCAUCGGCCUGUCCCGCACGACCAGCACCCGCCGCAGCCGGCCCAUGAGCGACCAAUACACCAACCUCCCCGGCGCCGCCAGCAUCGUCAACGCCAUGUACAAGGGCCCCUCGGCCGCCGACGGGCCCCUCUCCCCCUCCCUCCGCUCCAGCCAGAACUUCUUCCUUCCGCAGGGCGCCGGCAACCGCACCAGCAGCGGCGGCGGCGGCGGGGGCAACUUCCCCGGCAUGAAGUCGGAGACGAGCAGCACCAGCGGCGACUCGGUCUCCUUCUCCACCGGCGGCGCCGACGGCAUCAGCACCCCGCCCAGCCAGGCCAGCCCGCCGCGCUCCGUCCACCACGAGAAGAACAGCACCACCUUCGCCGGCAACAAGCCCCGCCCCCUGCGCCUGGUGCAGGAGAAUGCCGAGGCCAAUGCUGCCGCCAACGCCGCGCGCCGCCAGAGCUGGGUUGGUUGGGCGACUAGCGCGUUUGGGAAGAAGGAGGAUGGGAGUGUGGGUGCCGGUGCCGGUGCCGGUGCUGGUGGGGGGCCGGGGAUUGCAGAGGUUAUAAGGGAGUGAGUUUGAGUGCAAUGCAGUGAAUGGGCAAGAGAGAGAGAGAACUGGGGUGGGGGUUGAGAUUGAAAGGGGGGGUCGGAAACCGGUGUGGCAUGACUGACUGGACUGGCGGGCUGACGCCUAUCUAUGACUUGGCUUGUUUGGGUAUGUAUGGACCAUGAUCGAUGAUUUUUUGAUGGCGUGGUGGCGGGGCGUACACGGCUGCAUGGUGUGUGGGUGGAUGAAGGCGGUUCUGUUUGGGCUGGCUGGCUACCUGCCUGCCUGCCUGGGAUUCGGUUCCAUCCACCUGUCUCGCUCUUGUCGUGUGGCGGUGGUGAUGGUUGUGGAGGAAACGGUCAUGGCCUAUAAUGCGUUGAUGUAUGGUCCCCGAAUCAUGGAUGAUUGAUGUGUACCGACCGCCACAUAGGAUAUACGACGAUGUCAUGGAUAGGAUAGAUCGGUGCUUUUCAUAUCGUUUGCUCUG